AUGGAUCAAUACAGCGCUCCUUACAGCUCACCCCGCAAGACCAUCUCUAAGUGGUGGUGCAUUGGAUUCUUUAUUUCUGCUGUUAUCUUCUUCAUCAUCGGUGGUGCUCUUGUUGGUGCCUAUCUUUCUGCGGGAUACAAGACCUGCACAUCUGCUCUCUACUAUGGCGACUAUACCUACGACUACUCCUGCUUCGCGGGCAACAUUGGCAUGUACAAUGGCGGUAUAGCCAUGCUUGUCCUCGGCGGUCUUUCGAAAUUCAUUGCCUGGGUUCUGUUGAUCGUCUAUUGCGUGCAGCGUCGCCGCUGA